GAGAGAGAGAGAGGAGCGAUGGAGAGGCUUAUCUGCUCUAACACAAUCCCCUCAAAACUCCAUCUAAAACCUUUCCUUUCUCUCACCCUACACGGCCGAGUUGACGGCCCAAACCUCGUUGUUUCGUCAUCAUGGCGCACCGACUCCCGGCGAGUCAACUCGUUGUCGUGUAAACAGGAAGACCCAUAUUCUAAUUCUUCGUCUUCAACGUCCCCAGUUAAAUUGCCUGAUAAUUACUUAACAAAGGCAUUACCACCCUUCUCUUCUUCGCUGGUGGAUUUGCCAGAUGGGUCCAUACCCGAGCCCCAUUUUCUCAAAGAAAUCGCAAAUACAUUCCCUCGGCAACAAAAGGUAGUUGCUGCUGGGACAGUAAUACUACUUUCAGCUCUUUUUAUGAUAGUUGUGUCGCCAGCAUAUGCUACCUUCCAAAGGGCAGCUAAGACUGGUGGUACUAUUGCAGCAGUGGCUGGUGGUAGACUCCUCCGUUCCGAAUUACUAAGUAGUGCUUGGACUGGUUUUUUUGCCGGUUGCUUACACACAUUGUCAGGACCCGAUCACCUUGCUGCCCUGGCUCCACUUUCGAUUGGUCGCACUCGCUUGGAAAGUGCUGCAGUUGGAGCCCUUUGGGGUUGUGGCCACGAUGCAGGACAGGUUAUUUUCGGCUUAUUGUUUCUACUUCUGAAGGAUCAGCUCCACAUUGAAGUCAUCCGAACCUGGGGCACAAGAGUCGUGGGCUUUACACUAUUAGUUAUUGGUGCUAUGGGAAUCAGGGAAGCUUCAGAAAUCCCUGCACCAUGUGUUGCACUCGAAAAUGGCGAGUGUGACAUUAGUGUCUAUGAAGCCUUGGAGAACCCAACAAUUGGGAAGAAGAAGAUUGGGUUUGCAACUUUUGCGACAGGGAUUGUCCAUGGGCUGCAACCGGAUGCACUGAUGAUGGUCUUGCCUGCACUUGCUUUGCCAUCUCGCUUGGCUGGUGCUGCAUUUCUAUGUAUGUUUUUGGUUGGGACGGUAAUUGCAAUGGGGAGUUAUACUGUAUUUAUAGGCUCAUGUAGUCAGGCACUGAAAGAGAGGGUCCCCAGAAUAACAGAGAAGCUUACUUGGGCUUCCUCCCUUGUAGCAAUUGCUCUAGGAUUUGCCAUUCUCAUUAGUCAAUUUUUCGGGUUUAGCCUGUAUUGAUCCAAGUUUGGCAUUUCAUAAGUUUCCCCUUAAUGUUUAGGGGAAGAUAUUGAGUGCGGUUAGUCUACGUACGCUUUAGCAGCAAAUGAUCAUCUUUAUAUCGUUGUACUACCAAUAGAUUUUGCAUUCUUAAUUAUUUGUCCUGUUUGUUCAUUUGUCUUCUGCUUCAAGGCUUGGUAUGACUUAC